AUGGAGUUGACCUAGUCGGAAGUCCAAAUGCCUCCCUCGAGUAGAUAUCAGAGGCUUCGCAAGCCACCAUCCGACGCUAACCUGACUCGUCACUGUGCCCUAGCACGACCGUCGCGCCUCUCUCGCUAACCAUCAUGGCGGCAGCCCAGCAGAACUUCACGCUCACCGACGACCCGCUGUCGCUGGACAGGAUACGGUCCAUCCUCACCCGUCUGGAGGACACGAUCAUCUUUGGCCUGAUCGAGCGCGCCCAGUUCGCGCACAACCCGCGCAUGUACCGGCGCGGUGAGUUCCAGGAGCUGCUGGAUGUCGGGUUCAAGGGCAGUUGGUUGGAAUGGUUCUUGAUGGAGAUUGAGUCGUUCCAUGCUAAGGCACGGAGAUACACAAGCCCGGACGAAUAUCCCUUCACAGAUCCGGCCGAACUUCCAGCCCCCAUCUUAAAGCCACUCGAUAUCCCGCAGAUCCUGUACCCGAACAAGGUCAACGCAAAUGCCUCCAUCCUCAGCUUCUACACGCGGCACAUCGUCCCGCGCAUAACUCGCCAAGCAACGCUCAUACUCGCAGCGGCGAAGCGUGCGCAGGGCAUCAUCGGCGACGACGAGUAUGAGGACGACGGGAACUACGGAAGCGCGGCGGUGAUCGACGUCGAGGUGCUGCAAGCGAUCAGCAAGCGCGUGCAUUACGGCAAGUUCGUGUCCGAGUCCAAGUUCCGUGACGACCCCGCCGCAUUCAUCCCACAUAUCCUGAACCCAAAUCGAGCCGCUCUGGACGCGCUCAUCACCAAGCCCGAAGUCGAGCGCAAGCUCCUGCAGCGCCUCCGCAAGAAGGCUGAGCUUUACGCGCUGAACUUUGCGCCGGACGGGCAGCCUAUCGACGAUGCUACGACACGCAAGAUUGACGUCGAUGGUGUGGUUGAGCUGUAUGAACAUUACAUCAUUCCGCUCACCAAGGAGGUUGAGGUCGAUUAUUUGCUUGUGAGACUAGGAGGGUUGUCGAAGGAGAAUAUCGACGAGUUGAGAGGCAGCAAGAAUUCAUGAACACCGGACCAUGGUGGCAAUGCCGUAGAUAUCGACGCUAGAUGCAAUAUUUCACCUAUGUAUUAGUUCUAUGCUUCAUCAGCUCUCUUGCUUGAUAAACAACAGAAACGUCAUUUGGAAGUA